GUAGUACUGUGGCCUUGCAAAGCCCCAAGAAAGAACUCAUUUUCCCAGCAGCCCCUGCGGAUCUUACGUGGUUGUGCGUCACCUCCCCAGUCCCCCCACCAUCACCGUACAGAGGAAGAAAGGGGGAGACGGGCAGCCUAUACAGAACGCUUUCACACAAAUAAUGAGCGGCAGCGGGCGGCCCAGGACCAGCUCCUUCGCUGAGCCUCCCGGAGCUCCCGGAUCCGCUGCAGCCGGCGCCGGAUCAGCAGUAGCCGGCGGAAGCUCCACAGGAAAGACCGGGGCUUCACAAGCCAGUGGAAGCAGCUCCACGAGCUUUGGCAACCUGAAACUGCCCAGAGACAGUGGCAAGGUGACGACGGUGGUAGCUACACCCGGCCAGGGCCCCGAUCGCCCACAGGAAGUGUCCUAUACAGACAUAAAGGUUAUAGGAAAUGGCUCCUUUGGAGUGGUCUACCAGGCUCGCCUCAUCGACAGCCAGGAGAUGGUGGCAAUUAAGAAAGUUCUCCAAGACAAGAGGUUUAAGAAUAGGGAGCUGCAAAUUAUGAGAAAAUUGGACCACUGCAACAUUGUGAGGCUACGUUACUUCUUCUACUCCAGUGGAGAGAAGAAAGAUGAGGUGUAUUUGAAUCUGGUGCUGGACUACGUCCCCGAGACAGUGUACAGGGUAGCUCGGCACUUCAACAAGGCCAAAACCACCAUCCCCAUCAUCUAUGUUAAGGUGUACAUGUACCAGCUGUUCCGCAGUCUGGCUUAUAUCCAUUCCCAGGGCGUGUGUCACAGAGACAUCAAGCCCCAGAACCUCCUGGUGGACCCAGAGACGGCCAUCCUCAAACUCUGUGACUUUGGCAGUGCAAAGCAGCUAGUUCGGGGGGAGCCGAAUGUGUCCUAUAUCUGCUCACGGUACUAUCGUGCCCCAGAGCUCAUCUUUGGUGCCACCGACUACACGUCCAACAUUGACAUCUGGUCGGCCGGCUGUGUGCUGGCUGAGCUGCUGCUGGGCCAGCCCAUCUUCCCUGGGGACAGUGGUGUGGACCAGCUAGUAGAGAUCAUCAAGGUUCUGGGGACACCAACAAGGGAGCAGAUCCGGGAGAUGAACCCUAACUACACAGAGUUCAAAUUCCCUCAGAUCAAAGCACACCCUUGGACAAAGGUGUUUAAGCCUCGUACCCCACCAGAGGCCAUUGCCCUCUGCUCUCGACUGCUGGAAUACACGCCGGUGACCAGGCUGUCUCCCCUGGAGGCGUGUGCGCACGCCUUCUUCGAUGAGCUACGUCAGCCCAACACCCGCCUGCCCAGCGGGCGAGAACUGCCGCUACUCUUCAACUUCAGUCCCGUCGAGCUGUCUAUCCAGCCCCAGUUGAACUCUACACUCAUUCCUCCUCACGCUCGUGCACAGACAUCGCCUGCCUCACAUGAGGGCAGUGUGUCAGACAGUACCGCCCAGCCCAGCUCAGCACCUGGAUCCAUCAACAACAGCACCUGAGCAUCCAUCCCUCUGUCAUCCUUUCUUUUUGUCUUCCCCAUUUUCCUUUUCUCUCCUCUGCUCUUCUCCCUCUCAACCUUCCUCCCGGCUCCAAACCCUUAAAAUAGAAAAAGAAAUAACUAUACACACCCACAUAAACACUCAGCAUUGCUAUUUUUCCCUGAAUUUUAACCAUUUCCCAAAAGAAAGCAAUUUCUGUGGCUGCUGGCUUCAGGAAGGUGUGGAGUUGUUUUAAGGAUAUUUAGGUCGCCAUGUUUGGGCUUAAUAUAAGCUGCAGUUCUCAGUCCAUGAUGGCCCUGUUAGAAUAAAGAAACAUUGGUUGGGAUGUUUGGGAGACGAGGAGGGGGGGGUUGUACAUGUUAUGUGGAUUUUCUGUAUUAUAAUCUACAGUUGACUUUUAUCCCUUUAUGUUCAUUUUAUUUGCAUUUUAUGUGUGGCCGUGGUGCCAUUGAAUGGGGUCCUGAUUGGCUAUGGAGUUGAAAAUAAGGCCAUAUGUUAGGCCUGAAUAAUAUUGACAAUCAUUCUUAGUGGGGUUAAAAAUGUCACACUUGUAGUGUGCAUGUUUGAUCGUACAACCCCACUGUGUAGACUUGUGGCUUUUCUGUCACUUUCUACCAAGAACUCUACUCAAGUAUUGUCAGUUCACUCAGCCCAGUGGUGAACAAAUGUGAAGAAUUUCUUUUAAAUCUCCCAGGUAGAUACCGGAUAAAACAUAUUGGCUGAUUUUGGCUCAUUUUAGAUAAGAUGUGGUUUUAAAUUUUAUUCCAAAGGAGGGCACCACAGCCUGUCUUUACAGUUUCCUUUUGAAUAUUAGCUCCUCAACUGCCUUUUAUGUGAAUGAGAGGGAGCAGAGUGCACAUUUUUUAAUUUCUUUCAGUAUAAGCUUUUCAUUGGUUAAGCUGGAAACCAUGCGUUUCAUGUUAAUUCUCAAUUUUGCACAUCUCCAACAGGAGUAGAGAGGAAGCAAAGGGGUGAGUUAUGUGUACUGUCCGGCUGUUAACGUAACUUAUCACAGAGGGAGCCGUUGGUGUGGGGCUCCAGUUGCAUCUCAAUGAUGUCUCACAUGUCAUAAACACAGUUGCCUAACACUGCAGGGUGAGAAGUCUUUAAUUAUGUCACUUCACGGUGUUAAGUGUCAUAUCGGCUUGAUUAUGUUGAAGAAUCGGGUGCGGAGGCUUUCACCGUUCACCUGGCUUGUCAUUGUCAUUUCAGCUACAGUCGUUGUUUGUGCAGGAGGAGAACUCUGGAUGAAUUUUGUUUGGUUUGUCUGAGAGAACUGUUGAAAACCCUCGUCGCUCCUUCCCAAACAGCCUGCCUGCGACGCUCAUAUCAUGUUGUCCCGUGGUGUUGGUAGGAACUGAUCGUGAAUGAUUUGCUCGGCCUAGCAGUCCACUGUCGGCAUGAACCAGUCGUCUUUCUUCCACCACGCAAAUGUGCAUGUUCAGCCCGAGUUGACCACACUAUAUUACCUCCACUAAUCUCAGUAAUAAUCAGACCAGAAAUGAUGCUCAACCCCCUGAAACCCAACAGCUUUUGGAGCCUCCCCUUCCAUUCCUUUUUGUCCUCCUCCCUCUGCCUUCUGCUUCCCUCUUUCCUCCUCCUUUUUUUUCACUGCUAAACUGUAAAUAUCAAGUACCUUUUAUUUUAUUUUGUUAUUUUUAUUAUUGUUAUUAUAUUGUUGUUCUUGUAAUUUUUUUUUCUCUAGUAGACCGGCGCAGCAGCGGCCGGACUGUUUAUCCUCAGUCGCAGUCUGUAAAUACGAUUUCAUUUCAGUCCCUGGUUCAGGAGGGGAAAAACAGAACAAAAUGUUUCAUUUUUAUUCUCUCCCUCCAUUUCUCUCUUCACGACUUUCCCUUUUCGCCCAUAAAUGUCGUCAUAACUGUUUUAUUUAUUGUAUUGUGUUUUUUUUGGGAGGGGAAGGGGGGGGUCUUAUCUUUUCCACUGGGGUGGUACAUUUGAGGGAUUUUUUUUUUUUUUUUAAAUUCCAAAUUUUAGUCCAGCAAUGUCACAUGCAAAACUAUUUCACAUCCAAGAUACUGUACUGAGAUCCAGAUGUUGGUGUGUGUGCUUUCCAAUCAGUGGUCCUGUGUGUAUGCAGGUGCACAUGCUAGCCAACAGGUGGAACUCCAGUUUUCCGAUUAACUUCAAUGUGAAGGGAAUGUUACAAGCCUCUGGAUCUACAGGGUCGUGGUGUUGGGAGGGAGCACGGAUCACCCUGUGUGUGUGAGUGUGUGUGUGUGUGUGUGUGUGUGUGUGUGUGUGUGUGUGUGUCUGGAGGAAAGGGGAAAUAAUGAAUCUGUCCAUUGACAUGUAUCAUCUCCUGUGUCCGACCGUCUCUCGUUUUCGCUCACUGUGUGUCGUAUGAUUGUAACGGGUUCGUCCCGUUAGUACAGUGUGUAUGCUUCAUAGCACAGCUGCAGGGAAUGUGUGUGUGUUUGUAUGUGUGCUGACAGACCACGGACAUUAUUCUCAGUACUCCUGACUUUUUUUCUUAAAUGAAGAGCUGACUACAUGUGCUAUUUUAAUGUUAUUUCCAUCUUCUGAUCUGUCACACUUUGUUUUUAAUUUGCUGUGACCCUGCUCUUUUAUCACCCUCGUCUGAGGGUAAACUGUCAUUGUUGGGAACAGAACGGUUGGAUAAAGGAGAUGAUGAAGAGGGAGAGGGAUGGAGGGAGAGAAACAGUUUUUGUUUGUUGGUAUAAAUAAUUAAACUCAUUAAUAAAGUGAUGAAACUGU